AUGGGUGUCAAAGAUCUAGCUAUCAGCUACGUGGUAUUCACCGUCAUUCAUUUCUUCCUCUUUGCCCUUGCUCUGGCAACCUGUGGUCUAUAUGGCACCGACGUCCAUCAUGCGAACCAGCAGGGCAAGUACUCCGACUCGAAAUGGAGUGCCAAUGCGCAGGUCUACGCCGUGGUAGUUGGUAGUAUUUCUGCUGUGACGUGUGUCCUCUACUUCGUUCCCUUUGUCCUGCGUAUCGCCGGUGUCUUUGUUCCGGUAUGGGACUUUAUUCUCUUCGUUCUCUGGAUCGCCCUUUUUGGCGUGUUCGGCAAGAUGUAUAUCAACGAGGACGCUGAGGGUGAUGGAGACGUCAGACGCAUGAAGAACGCUGUCUGGGUUGAUCUCGCCAGUGCCCUCCUCUGGUUCAUCGCAGCAUUGGGGGCUUUCGGAUACUGGUGGAAGCAUCGCGACCAUAGAUCGCGCUUUACUGGUCGCGCUCACGUCUAA